CAUGUGCUAAUGGCAGACAUCACAGACACCCUUGGAAGAAGCUUGAGUGAUAAAGAAUGUGUGUGGAAUGAAAUGCAAAAGGUUGGAUUAAUUGAGGACUUCAUUUACCAAAUAGAAGAGGAUUUCACCCAAAAAAACAAAAGGUCUAAAGAGCAGCAGCAGAAAGCAAAAGACAACAGGCCUCUGACUCUGAGCUACCAGGCAACACCAGCAGAAGUGUCAAAGACGGCAGAGAGGACAUUAAUACACUUGCAGCCUGACAGUCAGGACAACAAAGGACUGUCUUCAAAUUAAUGAGGCGUCCCCUCACAAAGGCUCAUCUUUAGCAAGAAGUCCGUGCACAUCAUUAGUCUUAGCUGGCAGAAAUAAAUGGACUUUAGGAACUUGGCUUCAUUUUUAUUUAGAUUUCUUUCCUGUUUACUCUGAGAUACGGUCUCCUACUCCUUGCCCCAGAUAAGAAGUGAAGAAAGAUAUAAAGAAAUAUUCAAACAUUCAUCAUUUAGGGGAUUAACUGGCAUUUCUGAACUACCGAUGCUGUUGCAGUCAAAUUUCGAAUUACUUUUGUUGACAGUGUUACAAGGCCUUCCUCGGCUCUCAAUAAAGCGAACAAAACAUCCCCUUCAGAUCAGACUUUGUCAAAUUAAUCUUGUCUUCCUUAUCAAAACAUUUUAUACUCAUUAGUCAGCAGAAUUGCCGAUAAAGGUUAAAGUGAAACAAGGAAAUGUCUCACAAACUUGCAGGAAAAAAUUGUUUGCUUGAAUUAUGAUCCCCCACUUCCAUUUCUAAAAAGUGUCAGCAGCAUUCUCAUAACACCAUCCAUCUGCUUGCUGGGCAGUGCUUCUUUUUUGACAUGGCCUGUAUUGAUGGAAGAAGAUGAGAUAUCACCAAUCGCUGGCUUCCUUUUCCUGCUCAUCUCAGUCAGAAUGGAGUGAAACAAAUCAAAGCAAUGGAAGGCACCAAAGACUGCAAUGAAGUUACUGCUUUGUGCACCUUCUCUGCCUGACCAGAGCUAAUUGAAGUGUAGUGAUGGGUGGGCUGGUCUCUGGAAGCCCAGUGGGCAACCGUAGCAAAAAAAAAAAAGGGUCCCUGGACUGAAAAAAUGGGAUCUUCUCACUAAGCUUUAGGAAAAGUGUGAUAAUGUUAAAGAAAAAUAUUUGAUGUUUGACUUGAUGUCUGAUGUGUUUUUAAUGUGAUGUCUUGGUUUCUCUGCAAACAUCCAC